AUGCUACCUCCAGUUACCACGUUCAAUGCGCUGCCAGCAGCAAAGUCGCCCGCCCACUGGCAUUUCGACCUACGCUAUCUCCCUCUCGAGCCUAAGCCCCAUCAUAUCCUACUCCUAGCCCGUAUCGACGGAGGCUCAAGCCACAUAGAGAAGCUUCCGAUGCUCCUCCCUUCCAGCCGCGAUGGACUCGAGUUCUUCCCAGACACGCCAGCAGACGCCGCGCCCACCGUCGCACGAGCGCUCGUCACCCUCUUCGCCGCGAAGGAUGCUCUCGGGAAGGCGCGGCCAUCGCGCUUCAUGACACCUGACCCCGGUCUCGCGAUGGAGGUAGGCAAGGAGCUGAAGCGCAUCGGCGUGGCCACUAGCGACCUCCACGACGUGGCGAAGUCGACGCCCACGGCCAUAUCAGUCGCCGACGCGCUCUUCGAGCCCGCGUGGAGGCGAAUGCUGCGCGAUGCGGGGUUCCAUGGUCUCUUCGCCACGGUGCUAGGUACACCGGAGUACAUCGACAUGUCUAGCGUUGAGCUGCGCGAGCCUGAACCCUCGAUGACCGAAGGCCCGGAGGCCGCCAGCUUGUCGCGCGAACAGAGGAAGCAUCUGCAGGCGCUGGAGUAUGUCAAGCUGUGGUACGAGGCCCGUCCACCGACAGAUCGCCCCGGCAUCGACUACGCGUCGAUGGAUACGAUGAUCAUGAAGGCGAACUACGUCGACGAUACGUAUUUCCCAGAAAACCCCACGCACGAAAUCAAGGAGCAGGCAGAUGAUGGGAUGGCCGCGGCGGCUUUUGAUUAUGCCCUCAGGCUAAUGAUCAAGCCCAAGAACCAGCGAGACCGUCGAAUGAUCUACAAGUACCUGAUGAUGGCCAUUCACCCGGCAGACGACGAUUCACCUCAGACGCUCCUCACCGAAAUCGCGUCAAAUGCGCAUGCCAUCCUCAUCCGCUGGUGCACCGAGGCCCUCGAAGAUGAGAUCCGGGCCCGAUACCUCUUCGCAGCCUGUCAUCAUGCUGAACAGGCCCUCACACUCGCGAAGGAGGUCUCCCCAUCGAAUAACUACGCGGCGCCCGUCGUGUUGUGCUUCAUCCGCAAAGAGCUCGCGCCGCGUCUCGUACCUGGUUCGCCGCUCACGAUGCCCGCGCUGGUGAUGUACAAGGAGUGCCGCGCAGCGCACAAGAUGCGCGAGACCCGGCUGAAGAAGGAGAAGAGGAAGAUGGACACGAAGCGCAUGAAGGAGCGCAACCGGUAUCGAUGCGCGAACCCGGACUGUGGGAUUCUUGCGAACUCGGGCCAGAUGUUUAAGCAGUGCAAUGGAAAGUGCGACGUGGACAAGAAGCCUCGGUAUUGCAGCAAAGAAUGCCAACGCGCAGAUUGGCCAAACCACAAGGCGUUCUGCAAGCCUGGCAUGCCGUGCUCCGUCAUAGACACGACCACGGGUGUCGGGCCUGCUGUCGUGCGAGGAGGAGACUUCUCCAUACCUAUCACUGGCUCGAACGGUCAAGUUACCUAUAUCAGCUCCUCGACGAUGUCUCCGGAGGAGCUCAGAGUUCAGAGACGCGGCUAUGCUGGAGAAUAA